UAUUAACCUUCUAAUUAUCUAGACAAAUUAUUUUUAAUCUAAUCAUGGCUUACAAUCUGAAAUUGUUCUCAAUUACUCUUCUGAUCUGCAUAAGUUUUUCACCAACUGAAACAGCAUCAAGAUUCAGCAAUUACAAUUGCGGAAGAAGUCAAACAAUGAGUAUUAGCAACUACAAAAUCAAUUUAAACACACUCUUAUCAACACUAUCAUCAAAAGCUUCUGAUACAAUCAACAAUGGCUACUACAAUACUAGUAUUAGUACAACAGAAGGCACAAUGUAUGGUCUUUUCAUGUGCAUUGGAAACACACAGCACUGUGGAGAUUGUGUCGAAUACUCUGCCAAAAAACUUAGCUCAAUGUGUUUUUUCAAAAGAGAAGCUAUAAUUUGGUCAAAUGAAUGCAUGGUGCAUUAUUCUGAUUGGUCUUUCUUCGAAACUAUGGAAGAAUCUCCAUCAUCUUGUGUGAAAGACGCGUUAGAUUAUAAAGGUUCAUUGGAUGGAUUCAACAAAAUGCUAAGUUCUUUAAUGGUGAAGCUUGUAACAGGAGUAAAUAAAGCUUCACUGCGAAAUGCUACUAAAUUAGCUCUCAAGAGAUCAAUUUUCUUUGAGGAUAAAUUCUUGAAUGGACUUGCUCAGUGCAUACCACAUAUCUCUAAUGAUAACUGCAUGAAGUGUUUGAAGGAUGCUAUUGAUUAUCUUCAAACUUCAUGUGCUGGAGGAAAGAUUAGUGGAAGUGUUUUAUAUCCAAGUUGCAUUGUUAGAUAUGAUACUUAUCCAUUUUUUGCACAACCUAUAGAAGCAAAAAAGAAAACUGGACCAGACCCAUUUUUCAUAAUUUUUCAUAUUGUUGCUCCUGUCAUGAUGUUCUCGGUCGCGGUAUUCCUUUUCGUGAAAUGUGUUUUUUUAGCGGUCGCUAAGUAUCAUGCGAGGAAGGUAUUUGUGGCAAAUUAAGGGGCGAGCGAGAAUGAUGGGCUAGAAAAUAAAUUCUCUGAAAACUUUUCAUACCAUAUAUUAUGUUAGAGACAGAGUACUACAACUACUAUGCUUGGAAAAAUAAAGGAAAGCAUAAAGAAAAACAUUAAAUUAAAGAAAUUAAAAUAUUUUUCAUUGA